AUUGAAGAUCCGAGUUUUUGGACAUGUUUGUCUUAGUCAUAUUUUUUAAGUCAGAUGAGAAGCGAGCCAUAUGGGUGUCUUAAGUGCCGAAAAGUAUUUUUUUCACGUAGGAUUCAAGACAUAUCAGUGUUCUAAACGUUGUAAGUGUUUUGGAGCCUCUUCAACAUUGAUCCAUUCUCAGAGGACAACAGGAGAGAAGUAAUUUCAGUGUUCUGGAAGUGACAAUGGCUUUACAGUAAAGUCCAACCCAUGUAUACAUAAGAGGAGUCAUUUCAGAAGAUAUUUCUUGUUUGGAAUGGGAUAAAGGUUUUACAAUGGAGGCAAAACGUAUCACGCACCAGAAGGUUCACACUGGAGAGAAGCCAUAUCAGUGUUCUGAAUGUGACAAAGUUUUUUCAACCAAGAAAGAGCUUAUCAUACACCAGAGAGUUCACACUGGAGAGAAACCUUUUCAGUGUUCUGAAUGUGGCAAAACUUUUACUACGAAGAGUAGUCUUAACACACACAAGAUGAUUCACACUGGAAAGAGGCCAUAUCAAUGUUCAGAAUGUGACAAAGCUUUUAUACAGAAAGAUAAUUGUAUUGUACACCAGAUGACUCACACUGGAGAGAAGCCACAUCAAUGUUCAGAAUGUGAUAAAGCUUUUACAUCUAAGUCAUAUUUUAUCAAACAUCAGAGGAUUCACACUGGAGAGAAGCCAUAUGAGUGUUCUAAAUGUAGCAAAGCUUUUACAGCAAAGAAAGAGCUUAUCAAACACCAGAGGGUUCACACUGGAGAGAAGCCAUAUCAGUGUUCUGAAUGUAAGAAAGCUUUUACAUCUAAGUCAAACCUUAUCAGUCACCAGAUGAUUCACACUGGAAAUAAGCCCUAUGCAUGUUCUGAAUGUGAAAAAGUUUUCAUACAGAAGAGAGAACUUAUCAGACACCAAAUGGUUCACACUGGAGAGAGGCCCUAUGAGUGUUCUGAAUGUGACAAAGCUUAUCCAGACAAGAGAUUGCUUAACAGACAUCAGAAAAUGCACAUUGAAGAGAAGCUAUUUGAGUGUUCUGAAUGUGACAAAGCUUUUACACAGAAGUCAAAUCUUAUCGUACACCAGAGAAUUCACACUGGAGAGAAGCUGUAUCAGUGUUCUGAAUGUGAUAAAGCUUUUACAGAGAGGGAAACCCUUUUCCGACACACACGGGUCCACACUGGAGAGAAGCCAUAUCAAUGUUCUGAAUGUGGCAAAGCUUUUGCAUGGAAGUCAAGCCUUAUCACACACCAGAGGAUUCACACUGGAGAGAAGCUGUAUCAGUGUUCAGAAUGUGAUAAAGCUUUUACACAGAAGACAAGCCUUACCACACACCAGAGGAUUCACACUGGAGAGAAGCCAUUUCAAUGUUCUGAAUGUGACAAAGCUUUUACAGUUAAUUCCAGGCUAAUCUAUCACCAGAGGAUUCACAAUCUUCAGUGAGGAAACUCUGGAAGAAGGGGAGAUAUUAAUGGGGUAGGAGCUAAGCUGCAAUGAAAGACUUCAGGAUGUCUCGGUUUCACACCUCAUGUCAUCUCACACAUUAGUAAAACAGGUAUAUUGCUAUUAAAAAAAAAAAAUAAGUGAGCAAACAUGAAUGUAAUGGAUGGACACUUUAGUAUUUAUGUCCAUUGGGCACAGCCUAGAAAGUACUUGACUAUUCUACAUUUUGACAAUUUUCUGGGCAGGCAACAUUGAACCUUAUUCCUUAUGCCUCUCAUCUGUACCCUUUUUAUGGGGCUUUGUCUGAACAUGUAAUGCAUUUGUAUGAUUCACUAACUGAGCUGUAUUCUCAAGUGUUUUCUUCAUUGCCUGAUCCUGAGCCAAUACAUGACCAACACUGCCUCAGUACAGGGAGACUGGGUAGCCGUCAAGCGGCAUCUUGCCAAGACUCUGAAGCCUCAGUGGGAGAAUCCUUUCCAGGUUCUGCUGACAAUUGCUAUACCUGUCAAUCAUGGGGGUUCCAGCUAAGCCCAUCGUGUACAUUUUCCACUCCUCUUCCCAUGAUCAAGGCCUCCUGUCCAUAUUCCACCGCCUCCUGCAGACAGGGACACCAGCCAAUCAGACUUCUCCAUUCCAUGAGAAAGCAACUUCUUAAUCUGGCACAGGCCUUGCAUCACCGAGUUGCAGCUGUUUUAUGGGAUGCAUUCAACAUUACAACCUUAUCCCAGCUGGCUACUUGUGUUUUAUUCAGUUCUGAUGAAAGUCGAAUGCCUUGUACACACGAUCGGAUUUUCCAUCGGGAUAAACUCUGACUGAUUUUUCAGAUGAAAUUCUGUUCUAGCGGUCUUGCAUACACACUGUCACACCAAAUUCCAACCAUCAAGAACGCAGUGACAUACAACACUACG